CUCCGCGAAACCGGAAGCGCAAGUAUAGCAUUGUCGCCGCGUGUGUGGAGUGUGAAGCCGGGAUGAAGUUUGGUUAUCGGUUCUCCAACCUUCUGGGGACAGUUUACCGGAAAGGGAACUUGAACUUCUCGCCGGACGGGAGCUCGGUGCUGAGCCCAGUGGGGAACCGCCUGUCCGUCUUUGACCUGAAGAAUAACAAAGCAGAGACGUUGCCAUUAGCUCUGAACAGGAACAUUGUGUGUGUGGGACAGUCUCCCGACGGGCAUCUGGCCAUCCUGGUUGAUGAAGAGGGUGUGGCCGUGCUGGUCAGUCUGCUACGGAAGGCAGUGUUGCAUCACUUCCACUUCCAUGCUCUGGUGCACAGUGUCUCCUUCUCUCCUGACGGCCGGAAAUUUGUGGUGACCAAGGAGAAUGUUGCGCUGAUGUACCAUGCCCCCGGCAAGUCCCGCCAAUUCAACCCCUUCGUUCUGGACAAGUCCUACUUCGGCCCCUAUGACGAGACCACCUGCAUCGACUGGACUGAGGACUCCAAGUGUUUUGCUGUGGGCAGUCUGGACAGCAGCACCUGGGUGUUCGGAGCGGAGCGUUGGCAGAAUCUCAUCUACUACUCUUUGGGCGGGCACAAGGACGCAAUUGUUGGAUGCUUCUUCGAAGCUGGCAGUCUUGAUAUCUACACACUGAGCCGUGAUGCCACACUGUGCGUGUGGCAGUGUGAUACGGACCCGGAAGGACUUCUGGCACCUGUUCCCAAGGCCAAGGCUGAUCACAAAGACUCUGGACGGGACCAGGAAGGGCAGGACCAGAAGGCUGACGUCGUCCGUGGGAAAUCGGAGUCAGAGCAGGAGAGGGCCGGAAAAGUGAAAUAUUCCCGGGUUGGGAAGUAUUUCUUCAACAAAGAGAAUGAUUUCAACGACCUGACAGCUGCGGCCUACGACAAGAAAACUCACCUCCUGGUCACCGGCUUCGCCUCAGGCAUCUUCCAGCUGCAUGAACUGCCCGAAUUCAAUCUCAUCCACUCCCUCAGUAUUUCAGACCAGAGGAUCGAGUCCAUCUCCAUCAACAGCUCCGGGGACUGGAUUGCAUUCGGGAGCUCAGGCCUGGGACAGCUACUGGUAUGGGAGUGGCAGAGUGAGAGCUACGUGCUGAAGCAGCAGGGACAUUUCAACAACAUGGUUACGCUGUCAUACUCUCCCGAUGCCCAGUACAUCGUCACGGGGGGUGAUGAUGGCAAGGUGAAGGUUUGGAAUACCAGCAGCGGUUUCUGCAUUGUGACGUUUAGUGAACACACUAGCUCCGUUACCGCGGUUACCUUCAACUCUACCGGCUUUGUUGUGGUCAGUGCCUCUCUGGACGGCACGGUGAGGGCGUUUGAUCUUCACAGGUAUCGGAACUUCCGCACAUUCACGUCCCCGCGACUCACUCAGUUCUUCUGUCUGGCUCUGGAUUCAAGUGGAGAGAUUGUGUGCGCAGGCUCACAGGAUUCGUUCGAGGUGUUCGUCUGGUCCAUGCAGAGCGGCCGGCUGCUUGAUGUGCUGGCAGGACAUGAGGGACCGGUGAGCAGCCUGAGUUUUAGCCCCACACAAACCAUCCUGGCCAGCGCUUCCUGGGAUAAGACGGUGAAGCUGUGGGAUAUGGCUGACAGCUGGAAGACAAAGGAGACUCUCCGCAUGACUUCUGACGCUCUGGCAGUCACCUUCCGGCCGGAUGGCAGGGAACUGGCGGCGGUGACCCUGGAUGGACAAAUCACGUUCUGGGACGUGCAGGAGGCGGUGCAGACAGGGUCCAUCGAGGGCCGGCAUGACCUGCAGAUUGGACGCAGGGAGCAAGACCGUAUCACCGCGAAGCAGUCCGCCAAGGGCAGGUCAUUCUCCACACUGUGCUACUCGGCGGAUGGGCACUCGGUGCUGGCGGGGGGACAAUCCCGCUUUGUCUGUAUCUACAACGUCACUGAGCAGAUCCUGGUGAAGAAAUUCGAAAUCUCCUGCAACCUGUCGCUCGACGCCAUGCAGGAGUUCCUGGAUCGUAGGAAGAUGACAGAGUUUGGAAGCCUGGCGCUGAUCGAUGAUGCUGCUGGUGAUGAUGGUGUGGCUGUCCGUCUGCCUGGGGUGAAGAAAGGUGACAUGAGUUUGCGCCACUUUAAGCCAGAUAUGCGUGUGACAUGCCUUCGCUUCUCUCCGACAGGCCGGAGCUGGGCAGCCACGAGUACAGAAGGGCUGCUGAUUUUCUCACUGGAUGGUGGUGUCGUGUUUGACCCCUUCGACCUGGACGAGGAGGUGACGCCGAGCAGCGUGCGGCGGGCAGUGCGGCAGAAGGAGUUCACUGUAGCCAUUGUGAUGGCUUUCCGCCUGAAUGAGCAGAAGUUGACCUUGGAGGUGUUGGAAAACAUCCCUCAUGCAGAGAUUCCAGUCGUCUGUACGACCCUGCCGCCGCUGUACGUGGAGAAGAUGCUGCAGUUCAUCGCCUCGACCCUGGAGACAUCCCGUCAUCUGGAGUUCUUCCUGAGCUGGGCUGAGCAGCUGCUGAGCCUGCACGGACAGAAGCUGAAGGCCCGCUCGGUGGACCUGCUGCCGGUGAUCCAGUCCCUUCAGAGGAGCAUCCAGCAUCACUUCGACACUGUCUCCAAACUGUGUGACUGGAAUCGCUACAAUAUGAGGUUCGCUCUCGCUCUGUCCCAGCAGCGUGGGAUGAAACGUCCCGUAGAGGCGGAGGAAACCGACAGCGAGUCCAAGGAAUACGAGAGCUCUGGGGAUGAUCUCACGGAGGGAAGCGAUUGAGAACUGUGAGCACUGCUCCCUCCCAGCUCACCACUGCGACUACAGACAUGCUACAGGUGGUGUGUACAGUCAGGGACGCAACCGAUUCGGCUGUAGGUGAAGUGUGUAGAAUUGGUACUUUGCACCACAGGAGUUUACGUGGUCAGCUGGUGUGGACUGGAAGCCAUGCUGAGGAAGGAACCAUCCAUGCUCUGGGAGUGUGUGAUGGGACAGUGUAGAGGGAGCUUCACUCUGUGUCUAACUGUCCCUGCCCCGGGAGUGUGUGAUGGGACAGUGUGGAGGGAGAUUCACUCUGUAUCUAACUGUCCCUGCCCCGGGAGUGUGUGAUGGGACAGUGUAGAGGGAGCUUCACUCUGUAUCUAACUGUCCCUGUCCUGGGAGUGUGUGAUGGGACAGUGUAGAGGGAGCUUCACUCUGUAUCUAACUGUCCCUGCCCUGGGAGUGUGUGAUGGGACAGUGUAGAGGGAGCUUCACUCUGUAUCUAACUGUCCCUGUCCUGGGAGUGUGUGAUGGGACAGUGUAGAGGGAGCUUCACUCUGUAUCUAACUGUCCCUGUCCUGGGAGUGUGUGAUGGGACAGUGUAGAGGGAGCUUCACUCUGUAUCUAACUCAUACUGUUCCUGCCCUGAAAAUCACAGGGAACUUUAUCUGUGAUUCACUCCCUAAGAAUAUUUUGUGUGAUCUGAUCCAAACACUGAAUUCCUUCCCGGGUCACUUGUUCUGCUACAUUGAGACCGUUCUGAAUGUAAAUAAUGUAUAAUAAAUUUGUGAUACAGAGUUGGAUGUUUUUAAUGUAAAUUUUGCAGGUUUGGCUAUGUUUUCUGACCUGCCCGGUCACGUUGAUGGGGAGGGUGUUCGAUCCAAAAGAGGAAACUGUUGACUGGGGGUGGGAACAGCCCUGAUAUGUUGCUGAAUCGAGGAUGAGUAGUUCACUCCGAGAUGUGAACGACACAGACAUAUGAAGUGUCCCGACUGGCUGGACUGGCCACACAGCAUCUACGAAAGGGAAAAACAGUCCAAUAUUUAUUCCUGAUGAAGGGUCUCGGCCCGAAACAUCAACUGUUUAUUCACUUCCACAGAUGCUGCCUGGCCUGCUGAGUUCCUCCAGCAUUUUGUGUGUUACUUUGGAUUUCCAGCAUCUGCAGAAUCUCUUCUGUUAACAAUUCAAACUAAUUCCAUCUGCCUGUACAUGGUCUGUAUCUUCCUAUUCCCUGUCUGUUCAUGUCACGGUUCAUACCCCCUUAAAGGCACUGUAGUACUCUCUGGAAAAAUAAACACACCCUCUCCCUCUCAGCCGAAAGCUACAACCUCCAGUAUUUGAUAGUUCUUUCCUAGCUGUGGAGGCCAAGUCCUUGUUUGUAUUUAAGGCAAGAUACAGGAAGAAGGCAGGAGCUUGGGGCUGAAAGGAAAAUUGGAUCAGCUAUAGUGAAAUGGCAGAGCAGACUCGAUGGGCCGAAUGGCCGAAUCUGCUCCUUUAUCAUUUGGUCUAAUUGAAUUUGUUCCUUACAUCCUUCACAUACAUGAGGAGUAAAACUCUUCACCUUGCGUCUCCAUCUAAAUGUGCAAUGUGCAAUUUAUAGUCAUUUGUAAUAAAUGGUAUGUAAAACAGGACAGUCAAUAUAACAUAAAAAUACAAUUGUGUCAGAAUGAAUUAAUCAGUCUGAUGGCCUGGUGGAAGAAGCUGUCCUGGAUCCUGUUGGUCCUGGCUUUUAUGCUGUGGUACCGUUUCCCGGAUGGUAACAGCUGGAACAGUUGGUGGUUGGGGUGAUCCGGGUCCCCAAUGAUCCUUCGGGCCCUUUUUGCACACCUGUCUUUGUAACUGUCCUGAAUAGUGGGAAAACUCUCAAAGUUCAGAGUAAAUUUAUUAUCGAAGUACAUUACUCUGUAUGGCCUUGUGAUCCUUCUCUUGCGGGCGUUUAGAGGAACAAUAAAGAAAUACAAUAGAAUUUAUGAAAAACUAUACAUGGACGAAGGCGGACCAACAACCAAUGUGCAAAAGAAGCCAAUUUGUACAAAUAAAAAG